AUGUCGUCCGGCACGUCGACAGCCCCGUCGACCUCUUCAAUUCCAGCUUCAUCGACAGAUAUGUCGUCUGUGACAUCCGCACUUUCUGACGUGGCUGCGUCGAUGUCUCCAGAUGAACUUACGAAAAAGGUAGAAGAGAUCAAAGCCGCAGGCAAUGAGCGCUUUUUGAAGGGUGAUUAUACCCAGGCCAAGGCCCUAUACACGGAUGCUCUCUCGCUCAACCCCAAUAUCGUGGCUAUUUACAGCAACCGAGCCAUUUGUGAGCUCAAGCUCGAGCAAUAUGGCUUGGCGAUUGCCGAUGCAACCAAGGCCAUUGAAUUGGAUGCCACGUUUGCCAAGGCCUACUACCGUCGCGCCUGCGCACACUUGGCCAUCCUGGAUCCCAAGGCUGCACUUCCAGACCUGAAAAUGGUCGUCAAACUUGAUCCACGCAAUGCCCAAGUCAAAAUGCAACUGGAUGCAACCUCCAAGCUCGUUCGAAGACUGGAAUUCGAGAAAGCGAUUCGUGUAGAAGAAGGUCCAGCACCCCACCAGACCAUCGAAGAGUUCCUUGAACAGAAUAUGGGAGGCGCACAGAUACCAUCGGACUACAAGGGUCCACGGCUCCCAACGCAUGCAUCUAACCAACCCAUCUCAGCGCCCGUGGACAACAAGCCCUACCUCGGCCAAAUUGACGACGCAUUUAUUGACCAAAUGAUUCAGCAUUUCAAGGAGGGAAAGCAACUGCCUAAUGGCAUUGCUUGGGCCAUUAUCCUGGGUGCGCUCCGUGCCUUUGAGAAAGAGGCGUCGCUAGUGGAAUAUACUGUGCCUGAAGGCACGACUAUCGAGGUCGUGGGCGAUACACAUGGCCAGUUCUACGACUUUGUGCAUCUUUUAAGCCUGACAGGUCGUCCUUCUAAGAACCAUGCAUUGUUGUUCAACGGCGACUUUGUCGAUCGCGGUUCCUGGUCCGUCGAAAUCGCUCUGACUAUUUUUGCAUUUAAAUGGUUAUACCCAGCCACAACCCUUGUGAACCGCGGGAACCACGAAACAAGCGAUAUGAACAAGGUUUAUGGCUUUGAGGGCGAGUGCAAAGCCAAGUUUGGUGGCGACAUGACUUUUAAGCUGUUCACACAGACGUUUGUUGCAAUUCCGCUUGCCACUCUUGUGAAUGUGUCUCGUCCCCCGCUCCCAGCGGACAAGCUGCCAGAAAAUGCCAGCAAGAGUCAAGCCCAGAAGGACCCUGUCGUCUGCAAAGAUACUGGCUUUAAACGCUAUUUCGUGGUACAUGGUGGCUUGUUUAGCGACGACCAUGUUACUUUGGACGACAUCCGCGCCAUUGAUCGAUUCUCCAAGAAACAACCUGGCCAAGAAGGUCUGAUGAUGGAGCUGCUGUGGAGUGAUCCACAGGCUGCCUCUGGCCGUGGACCUAGUAAGCGUGGUGUUGGUUUUAGCUUUGGUCCUGACAUUACACGUGCAUGGUGUGAACUGAAUGGCAUCACCGCUGUGCUGCGCAGUCACGAAGUACGUCAACGUGGUUAUGCAGAGGAGCAUGAUGGCAUGUGCUGUACCGUGUUCUCUGCGCCCAAUUACUGUGAUUCGACAGGUAACUUGGGCGCCUUUGGUCACAUUGAUGACCAGGGCACACUGUCAUGGACCAUGUUUGAGGCUCAGCCGCAUCCUGACAUUCGCCCCAUGGCAUAUGCCGGCGGUAUGGGGGGUCUGUUAGCAUAA